AUGUACGAAAAUAAAAAUACUGUACGUCAUUAUGAACAUGGAUGGAGAAGUAUGAAAACCAGGGUUAACGGUCAGGAGAGUCUUCCAGGUUUCGCCUUGGAUGUUGAAAUGAUUGAAGAAGCUAUUUCGCAACAAGACUCGUGUUCAAGUUCUAAAUGCGAUGAAACCUUUUCGGUCUGGCACAUUUUCCUUAAGCAUUGUCAAAAGGAGCAUGCGCUUAAGCGACGUACCCAAACCAACGCGUUAAUUAAUAGAUUAUAA